AUGAGAGGAGAUUUGGCCAGCCUGGAAGAAAUGGAAGCGAUAACGACCAGGAGCAGCGUACGGUUGAAUUAUUUGGACACGCAAUACAUCAACACCAAACUGUUGGCUCACUUCACAAAUAAAAACUUUGAUGAAGCCACUUCAAUGAUAGAAUCAUUAUGUAUAGAAAAAAACCCACAGCUUCCCCUCUAUUACCUGCUCAUAAGGCUAAUGCAGAACAACAUGUCCGAAGCAAUAGAAAAAGCAAGCAUUGUUUUAGAGAGGCUGUCCAAUCAGUUCUCCGUUUACCACCCUGUCACAGAUCUGUUUUUUGCAUAUCUAAAACUUAGAAAAGUGGAGGAAGCCAAUCAUUUAUUACAGAGAUGCAGCGCUAUUCUGGAACAAGUUGAAUUUCUGUGCCAACACGUUUCAAACAGAGCUUAUGGCGGUCAGAAACAACACGUUUGUCGUUGACGAGCUGCUAGAUAUACUGAAGGAUCCUAUUUACAAACAGGUUGGGUACCAAUCCCUGAUGAAACGUUACAUCACCAGAAAGAAAUUCGACGAUGCCCUCGCUUUGUUCGAGAGCAUGAAAGCCGAACAGAUAGAGCUAAAUGAAGACUCCUUGAAACUGUUAGCAACCAGUCUAAGGAAUGCAGGCAAGCCUGUCCCUUUCCCCGAACCCCAAGAAUCUGUACCGUCCUUCAGUGAAGAAGAAAGCUAUACCUCCAGUCCAUCUGAUGAGAAGCAUUAG